AUGGCGCUGCGCGACGUGCUGCGGACGGUGGCGCAGACGCCGCACCGGCUGCGGAGGAGGGCGCUGGUGACGUGCACGCCGGAGCAGGAGCUGAGCGAGGUGCGCGACAGGUCCGGCCCGCGCAUGGCGCGCCGGCUCGAGUGGUACGACCUCGUGGGCCUCGGCGUCGGCGGGAUGCUCGGCGCGGGCGUCUUCGUCACCACCGGCCGGGUAGCCCGCGACACCGCCGGGCCCGCCGUGUUCAUGUCCUACGUCGUCGCGGGCGUCUCCGCGCUGCUUUCGUCAUUCUGCUACGCCGAGUUCGCCGUCCGCGUCCCCGUCGCCGGCGGCGCCUUCAGCUACCUCAGAGUGACCUUCGGUGAGUUCGUGGGGUUCUUCGGGGGAGCCAACAUCCUGAUGGAGUACGUGCUGUCCAACGCGGCGGUGGCCAGGAGCUUCACGGACUACCUGGCCUCGACGUGCGGCGUCACGGAGCCGGACGCGUGGAGGAUCGAGGUGGAUGGCAUCGCCAGCGGCUACAAUGCGCUGGACGUCCCCGCCGUCGCGCUCAUCCUCCUCCUUACUCUAUGCCUCUGCUACAGUACCAAGGAGAGCUCGAUGCUGAACAUGGUGCUCACGGCGUUCCACCUGCUCUUCUUCGCCUUCAUCAUCGUCGCCGGCUUCUGGAACGGCAGCGCGAGCAACCUCGUGAGGCCUGGCGGUCUGACGCCCUACGGCGCUCGGGGCGUGCUCGACGGCGCCGCCGUCGUCUACUUCAGCUACAUCGGCUACGACUCGGCGUCUACCAUGGCCGAGGAGAUCCGUGACCCCGCACGCGCGCUCCCCGUGGGCAUCGCCGGCUCCGUGCUCCUCGUCUCCGCGCUCUAUUGCCUAAUGUCUCUCGCUCUCUGCGUCAUGCUGCCCUACAACGAGAUCGCGGAGACCGCGCCAUUCGCGUCCGCGUUCAGGGAGAAGGCCGGCUGGAAAUGGGCAAGCGGCAUCGUCGGGGCCGGCGCCAGCAUCGGCAUCGUGGCGUCGCUGCUGGUGGCGAUGAUGGGCCAGGCGAGAUACCUGUGCGUCAUCGCCAGGGCAAGGCUGGUGCCGGUGUGGCUGGCCAAGGUCCACCCUUCCACCGGCACUCCUAUGAACGCCACCAUCUUUCUAGGAUUAUGCACGGCAACAAUCGCCCUCUUCACUGAGCUGCAGAUAGUGUUCGAGAUGAUAUCAAUCGGAACCCUUCUGGCAUUCUACCUGGUGGCAAACGCACUCAUCUACAACCGGUAUGCGAAGCUCGGCACAACCCAGCCGCUUCAUGUCCUUAUAUUCCUGCUGCUCCUAACGCUGAGCUCAAUCGGCUUCUCCCUCUCGAGAAGGAUCGACGGGCGGUGGCGAUGGGGGAUGGCGUUGUUUGGCGCUGUUUCAGUGGCGGUCAUCACAAUCUUCCACUGGACAGCACGGCAGGAUGUGGCCGAGCCAUCUGCGGAGUGGACAGUUCCUAUGAUGCCAUGGCCAGCUGCUGCAUCUGUCUUUCUGAAUGUGUUCCUGAUGACCACCCUCAAGUUGAGGUCCUUUCAGAGGUUUGGGAUCUGGAGCUUUGUGAUCACAAUCUUCUACGUGUGUUAUGGGGUGCAUUCAACAUAUACUGCGGAAGAAAAUGAAGCUGUCAAUGUGAUGAUUCAUCAUGCCAAUGUGGACAUAUCUUAG